AUGGACGUGGACGUGGACGUGGACAUUGUUGUGGACGUGGACGUGGACGUGGACAUAGACGUGGACGUGGACGUGGACCUGGACGUGGACGUGGACGUGGACGUGGACGUGGACGUGGACGUGGAGGACUUGGACGUGGACAUGGACGUGGACGUGGACGUGGACGUGGACGUGGACGUGGAGGUGGACGUGGACGUAGAGGUGGACAUGGACGUGGACGUGGACGUGGACGUGGACGUGGACGUGAAGGUGGACGUGGACGUGGACGUGGACGUGGACAUUGUCGUGGACGUCGACGUGGACGUGGACGUGGACGUGGACAUGGACGCGGACGUGGACGUGGUCAUGGACGUGAACGUGGACGUGGACGUGGACAUGGACGUGGACGUGGACGUGGACGUAGACGUGGACGUGGACGUGGACGUGGACGUGGACAUGGACGUGGACCUGGACGUGGACAUGGAUGUGGACGUGGAUGUGGACGUGGACGUGGACGUAGACGUGGACGUGGACGUGGACGUGGACAUGGACGUGGACGUGGACGUGGUCGUGGACGUGGACGUGGACGUGGACGUGGACGUGGACGUGGACAUGGACGUGGACGUGGACGUGGACCUGGACCUGGACGUGGACGUGGACGUGGACAUGGACGUGGACGUGGACGUGGACGUGGACAUGGACGUGGACGUGGACGUGGACGUGGACAUGGACGUGGACAUGGACGUUGACGUGGUCGUGGACGUGGACGUGGACAGGGACGUGGACGUGGACAUGGACGUGGAUAUGGACGUGGACGUGGAUGUGGACGUGGACGUGGACAUGGACGUGGACGUGGACGUGGACGUGGACCUGGACGUGGACGUGGACAUGGACGUGGACGUGGACGUGGACGUGGACGUGGACGUAGACAUGGACGUGGAUGUGGACGUGGACGUGGAGCUUGCCUGGUCGAGGAGCCUGCCUGACGUGGAGGCCUUGGACGUGGACAUGGACGUGGACGUGUACGUGGACGAGGAUGUGGACGUGGACGUGGACAUGGACGUGGACGUGGACGUGGACGUGGACGUGGACAUGGACAAGGACGUGGACGUGGACGUGGACGUGGACGUAGACGUGGAGGACUUUGACGUGGACAUGGACGUGGACGUGGACGUGGACGAGGACGUGGACGUGGACGUGGACAUGGUCGUUGACGUGGACGUUGACAUGGUCGUGGACGUGGACGUGGACGUGGACGUGGACAUGGACGUGGACGUGGACGUGGACGUGGAGCUUGCCUGGUCGAGGAGCGUGCCUGACGUGGAGGCCUUGGACGUGGACAUGGACGUGGACGUGUACGUGGACGAGGACGUGGACGUGGAGGUGGACAUGGACGUGGACGUGGACGUGGACAUGGACAUGGACGUGGACGUGGACGUGGACGUAGACGUGGAGGACUUGGACGUGGACAUGGACGUGGACGUGGACGUGGACGUGGACGUGGACAUGGACGUAGACGUGGACGUGGACGUGGACGUGGACGUGGACGUGGACGUGGACAUGGACAUGGACAUGGUCGUGGACGUGGACGUGGACGUGGACGUGGACAUGGUUGUGGACGUGGACGUGGACGUGGACAUGGACAUGGACGUGGACGUUGACGUGGACGUGGACAUAGAGGUGGACGUGGUCGUGGACGUGGACAUGGACGUGGUCGUGGUUGUUGACGUGGACAUGGACGUGGACGUGGACAUGGACGUGGACGUGGACCUGGACGUGGACGUGGACGUGGACGUGGACGUUGACGUGGACAUGGACGUGGACGUGGAUGUGGAUUUGGACGUGGACGUGAACGUGGACGUGGACAUGGUUGUGGACGUGGACGUGGACGUGGACGUGGACAUGGACGUGGACGUGGACGUAGACGUGGACGUGGACGUGGACAUGGACAUGGACGUGGAUGUGGACAUGGACGUGGACGUGGACGUGGACGUGGACGUGGACGUGGACGUGGACGUAGACGUGGAGGACGUGGACGUGGACGUGGACGUGGACGUGGAGCUUGCCUGGUCGACGAGCGUGCCAGGUCCAAGGGCUUGCGUGAUCCAGGAGCUUGCUUG